CGCAAUACGUCACUUCAAUUUCGUAAAAGAGGGAAUCAGAAGCCCAGGGAAAAGUAGGUCGUCAGUAUUGAUUUUUACCUAAUAUUCGACAAACAAAGACCUAACUUGCAUCGUUGGGAGCAGAAUAUACGUCGCAGUGUAUCCGUGGAAGUUGAACGUGCAGGAUGCCUGAUGCGGAGUCGGUGGGUUCGACGGUUGAAAAUGUCCGGGUGGUGGUUCGGGUGCGGCCGAUGGACCAGCGCGAGAAGAUGGAGGGCUCCUACAACUGCGUUUCGGUAGACUCUGUGAACAACACCAUCGCCGUGACCAGAAGCAACGCCUCGCCGCCGGAGCCUCCGCGGAUCUACGCCUACGAUGCAGUUUUCGACUAUGAUACCAGCCAGAUGGACAUCUACGUGCAGACAGCGAGCCCCAUAGUGGAGCAAGUGGUGCGCGGCUACAAUGGUACCAUCUUCGCUUACGGGCAGACCGGCACCGGCAAGACGUACACAAUGGCGGGCUCCAACACCGCCCCAGAGCUGCGAGGAAUCAUACCGAACUCGUUCGCACACAUCUUCAGUCAUAUCGCCAAAGCGAAGGAUGAUGAGAAGUUCCUAGUAUGCGUGACAUACUUGGAGAUCUACAACGAGGAAGUACGUGACCUGCUCGGGAACAACCCGCACCAGAGCCUCGAGGUCAAGGAGCGCCCUGACAUCGGCGUCUUCGUUAAAGACCUCACUGGGUACGUGGUGCACAAUGCCGACGAGUUAGAGAAGAUAAUGUCAGUGGGCAAUAAGAAUCGUCAUAUCGGCGCGACCGCAAUGAAUAUUGAAAGUUCCCGUUCACAUGCGAUAUUCUCUAUUACCGUGGAGAGCAGUAAGAAGGGCAGUGAUGGAAAAACGCAUGUCAAGAUGGGCAAACUGCAUCUUGUCGAUUUAGCGGGCUCUGAGCGUCAGAGUAAGACGCAGGCGACCGGCACUCGGCUGAAGGAGGCCAGUAAGAUCAACCAGUCGCUGUCGGUGUUGGGCAACGUCAUCUCCGCGCUGGUGGACGGCAAGUCCACGCACAUCCCCUACCGGAACUCCAAGCUCACUCGACUGCUGCAGGACUCGCUUGGAGGAAACUCCAAGACUGUUAUGAUAGCAACAAUCGGUCCAGCGGAGUCGAACUACGUGGAAACAAUCAGUACUCUACGAUACGCGAACCGCGCCAAGAACAUUGAGAACAAGACGCACGUUAACAGCGAGCCCGGAGACGCACUACUCACCAGAUUCCAACAAGAAAUCGAUCAACUCAAAAAACAACUGGAAGAGACUGCUAACGUAGAAAUGGAAGAAGAGGAGGAAGAGGAUGAGUGCGGGGAGGAGGAGCUGAGUGACGACACCCUUACCGACCCUGAGCUGGACUGCCUCGACCCUGAGGAUAGGAAGAUACAACGAAACAUCAGGAGAGAGGAGAAGGCCAAAGUAAAUAGAGAGAAGGCGCACCAGGCGCGGAAAGUUCUGGAAGAGAAGAAAGCUGAACUGCAAAAGACUAAGAAGCAACAAGAGGAGCUGAAAGAGAAGUUGCAGCGCUUGGAGUGUAAAGUGCUGGUGGGAGGAGAGAACUUGCUGGACAAGGCGGACGCCCAGCGCCAGCUGCUGGAGCAGGCCGCUAAGGAGCUGGAGCAGCGCACCCUCAACGAGCUGAGGCUGCAGGAGGACUUGCAGAAGAAGGAGGCGGAGCGGCUGGACCUGGAGGAGCGCUACUCCAGCCUGCAGGAGGAGAACGCAGCCAAGACGAGGAAGCUGAAGCGAGCUGUGCAGCUGCUCAACUCCGCUAAGGCGGAGCUGGCGGACCAGCAGCGCGAGCAGCAGCGCGAGAUGGAGGGCAUCCUGGACGGCGUGCGCGCGCUGCGCCGCGAGAUACAGCUCGCGGACCUCGUGCUGGACUCCUACAUACCCAAGGAGUACCAGGCGUUGAUCGACAAAUACGUUCACUGGAACGAGCAGCUCGGCGAGUGGCAGGUGAAGUGCGUCGCCUACACCGGCAACAACAUGAGCGCGCCGCACCAGCGCCCGCAGCGCGCGCACAAGCACCAGGUGGAACCGCCAGAUCUAUCAGACCGCUACCUGUCGUACUCGAGUGCGAGCUCUCGGCCCGGCACCCGGCUGGCGCGCCCGCACUCCGCCGUGCCCAGGCCGCACUCCGCCGCGCUGCGCCAGAGACAAUGAACAUACUCUAUGAUACUCUUAAUCUAUGAAAAAUAGAUUACUUUUUAUCGCAUUCAAUAAUAGAAGCUUGAUUACUACCGACUUUGUAGAAGUUGGUAGAUUAAACAAAAAAGUAUUUAUGCUUAUUCAAAGAUAAGUAGACUUUGACUUCUGAAUUUAUUUGAAAAAGAGAUUUUUAUUAUUUUGUCUUGAUUGCGUGUAUUUUAGUAAAUUCGUUUUACUUUUCAUGUCUUUGUCUGUAACACUACUCGUAAUAAAUAACCAAAAUAAUUUUCGGAGUUUAUUUAAUUCUAUUGCCAGCUUUAAAAAUAAUGUUAUUUGCGAUUAUUCUAAUAAAAUUGCAUCUACAAGUUGGCGGCAAAAUGAUUCUCAUUUUAUGGAUAUUAUACUAGUCACAUUCCAAUGAGUAUUUUCCAAUAGAUGUAACUGUCAGUAUUAAUAUUUUUUUUUUACUCUUAACCAGUGAUUUUUAAAAUAAUCCAUUAAACCCGUUUAGGAUCCAAGGGAUCCCGGCAGCAGUGAUAAGCGGGAAAAAAAGUUAAGGGUUUUUUCUUUUUGGCUUUCACACCCAAGUGUAUUUAGCCACAAGGAAAAAAUUGGGAAUCUCUGGUCUAAAAUUAAAUGAAAGUGAUAAAAUAUUUUUAUUUUUAAUUAUGUUACCAUGACUUCAUUUUACGUUCGUGUUGUGUCUAAAUUGCUUUUUUUAUUUUUUUUGUGAUAUUUAGUUUUAAUGCAGUAUUGC